UUCCUCAUCCUCUUCCUCGCCGAAACACCAUGACAAAACCCCUGUGAAACAUCUCUCCUCUAUACCCCACGAACCCCAAUGUCGUCGUCGAUGCUCUUCUCGACCUUCUCCUCCUCUCCUCCUCCUCCCCGCGCUCCCGUUCGCCUCCCUCGCCGCCCGGCCCCGCUCGUCCUCCGAACCCAUGUCGGGUCACGCUCCUCGGGUCGUCCUCCCGAAGCCGGGACCCCGCCGGCGCUGAGCCCGAAGCUGAGCUCGGCCGGACCCAAUGGGCACCCAUUGGGGUCCCUGUACGGCGGAAGAGGAGGAAGAGGAAGAAGGGCCGCGGCGUCGUUCGUGUCGAAUGCGGAGAGCGGGGGGAGCGGCGAGGUCGACGAGGCGGAGAGGGCGGCGCGGGGGCAGAGCACCAUGCCCGAGAGGUUCAGAUACUUGAACAGAGAAGCCCCUGAUCCUCCGAUUCGCUGGCCCUUGUUCGUAGCAUUGCCUUUCCUUAUUUAUGCAUGGAGAGCAGUUCUCUUUGAACUGUCUAACUGGAAGAAGGCUGCCUUGGCAAUUGUUGGUUUUGUGGGAUACCUCUUAAAACUUGCCCUAGCCCUUAUCUUUCGUUUUAUUGGCGAUCCAAUCACUUCCACAAUUAGAUGUAUCGAAACUGCAAUCUACUCUGUCCGGGCCUUUUACUCUGGCAUAGUAGCAUAUGCUCCUGUCCCCGAGUUGACUGUGAUCAUUAUGUUGGCAUCAGCAGUGCUAGCCAUUGGAGAGGCUGUCGUUCCAAACUGUGUUUCUAGUCAGCCAUAUUCUCUUACGGUAGCUGGAUUGAUUGGUUAUGCAGCUGUGAAAGGCUACAUCUCUGAGCCAGUUUUGUGGACUUCAUUAGUGGGAUUAUAUGGGUAUUCACGUGUUAUUAAGAAGAGAGAUGAUGUUUCAUCUAUGUUACCCGCUGCAGCCGUAAUGGCUGCCAUAGGGGAGCCUUGGGUUAGGGUGGUGGCAAUAGCCUCAUAUCUCGCAUUAGCUAUAUCUCAUCAUUCAAGGAAACUCUCAGAAGGGAAAGAAGUUGAAGAAGUAGUGACAAACAGGAGGCUUCCAAUGCCCUUGUUUGCAGCAGCGUUAGCCAUUGGAAUCCGUGUUGCUGCUAAGUGGGUUGGAUACCGGCAUUUAACCUGGAUGAUAGUCUGAUUUGGAGGACUUCUAGGCAUUAAUUUCUGUGAUGGGCUGCAGCGGCAAGUUAGGCAAACAACUGAUAAGUGAGUCAUUUUUUUCCCCUUUUGAGGGUCCAACAGGUUUUCUUUUGUUUUCUGUGUUCUUUUUGGAGUCUGUAAAAUGGGUUAGAGUAGGACCUUUGUCCUCUUAACGGGGCUUAGUGUGAUAACAUGGUUGUAAAUUUAGGAGA